AUGGUUGGGAGACAGAGAGAGAGGGCUCGCAGGAGGAGAACAGAUGCAAACAGGACUAGCACUUAUUACGAUAGCAAUCAGCGGAAGGACGCUGUCACGGAGAACAGGAUGAGGAGAGUCACUAGGGCAUCACUGACUUGCCUGGGAGUGCUUCUGAUGUGGUUCGGUGGGCGGGUUGACGGGCGUCUACAGUUGCCGGAGGAAGCCGAUAGGGGUAUGCAAGUGAUGGAGUAUGCGAAGCACGGAGUUGCUUUCUUUCACAAGGUGUUCACUCCGGAGGAGUGCGAGUCGAUCAUCGAACUGUUCAAGGAAAGAUGCAAAGUAGACGAGGACCAUCGGAAUGACAAGGGAGUAAGAAGAAUCAAUCGGAUAGACGCGGAAAACAAACUCAUGAAAGAGAGCAAGCUUGACUGGAUCUACGAGAGAGUGAUCAAUGCCUCUAAGACUUCCAAGCUGAUGUUGCCCUGGGGCUUCAACGUGACAGAAACAACCUCGGAGCAGUUUCGCAAUCAUGUGCACCAGCCCGACAUUCUGCUGCUUGUCAGGGUUGACUCGGACAUGCAGGUGGAAUUCAAUCUCCUUCAUGAGUUCAAGGCCGGAUACUUCUUUGACUUCCACAUUGACACGAAACCCAACGAUGGGACGAGCAGAACGAUCAACAUUAACAUCAUGCUAUCUGCAAGGGACAAGUACAAGGGGGGAGAGCUUCAAGUGGGUGCAAUCAACGUCGUCGCGGAGCAGGGAGAUAUGUACUUCUAUCCUGCUGCCUUUCCUCACAAGGUUCAUGAUAUCACCGAGGGUCUCCGACACACCUUCAUCAUCGCCUCCUGCGCCACCAACGACAAGUCAGAGGCUGUUAGGAAAUCAGCUGACUAUCUGAACGAGAGAGUCCGCUACUUCCAGCUCGCCGCUAGGAAUCACGCCAUCCUUGACCAGUACGCUGAGUCCGGAGUGGACAGGCCGGAGGUCAACGCCAAGAUCCUCUGGCUCCAUGGAGAAUUUCUGGACGCGUCAGACUAUGCUGAGCACUUCUUUGCACAGGGGAUAGCAGCGAUCCAGGCGGGGCAAGUAGAAACCGGGAAGAAGACCAUCGAAAUGGCGCUCAAGGUUCACCCUCAGCACGCGAGGGCACGGGAGACGCUGCUGGUUCUUGAGAGCGCGAUGCAUGGAGACAGGAAAUAA